CGAAUGCAUCCCAGCAGUAGCUACGUCACUACCGGAUGUACAUUUUAAUAUUAGUAGGGAUUUGAAUUAUUGUUUAUAUGUUGAUCAAAUUAUUGUUAAGGUUUAUAGAAUAUGAUUUAUAUCUGAAAUUAUAAAUAUACAGUUAUAAAUAGCUUUAUAAUAUUACAUUAUUUUCGCACUAGCGACAGUGGCGCCAUUAUACUACCGGAACAGUUAAAUUAAGUAUCAAGUUUUGUUAUAUAUUUAAAAGAACCAUUUUAAAAAUAUUAUUAAUAUGUAGUAAUUAUAAUCUAAAUAAUUAAUGAUUUUACGAGUUGUUUUGGAUUAUAUAAUUUUAAUAUUUAGAAUAUCCAGAUACUGUAAGCGUUUCCAUUUCCGUUUAGAUUACGAUACUUUUCAAAUUGUUGGGAGUUCUUAUAAAACUAGAUGUAAGGGCCGAGAGAGCCUCACUCUUUACUGCACCGUCACCUAGACACCUAGUUAAGGGGAACCUCUGCCCGAAAAUAAAAUAAAGUGAAAGUGCCAGCCAUCUUUAUUUUUCGCCAUCCUUCGCCACCUGUUAUACCUCAGAAGUGGGAUCAGCCCAAGAUGUCCGGCCCAUAUGCUGCUGGUUUGGGCAUGAGGAAGAGGACAAUCAGCCACGUGUCCACCACCGACGACGAAGAAAACGAAGAAAAUUUUUUUUCUUCCAACGACGCCAUGCCUGCUCCGACGAAAAGACGGCGAGUCACGCAUGCCGACGCUGAAGUAGUCCCAAAAUUUCGACCAGAAGACAGCAACAGCAGCGUCAGUAGCUGGCUACACAAGAUCGACCAGCUGGGAGACGUCUACGGAUGGGACGCGACCGAGAAGCAGUUCGUGAUGCAACUCCGCCUGCGAGGUUCAGCUCGACGUUGGUAUGACGAGCUAGAAAACUACAAUCUACGCUGGGAAGAUUGGAAAAGUGCACUACGAACUGCAUUUCCACGAUCAACUGACUACGUGGAUCGUCUUGAGGCCAUGUUGUCGAGAACAAAAAGGGACACGGAAACCAUGACAAACUAUUUCCACGACAAAGUUUCACUCCUCAAAAAGUGUGAAAUAGAAGGUGAAAGUGCAAUCUCAUGCAUUAUUCGUGGUCUGCCUGUGGAACUGCGCGCUAAUGCUAAAGCGUAUCAAUGCGAAACACCUGAGCUUCUCUAUUACGGCUACCUGUCGUCACUAGAAAACUACCGAAAAGUCGAAGCGGCCGCAUCAACCAAGCGGUCAACAUGGAGAAGAGGCGCGACUGACGUAUAUGUCGCAACAUCACAGCCGUCUGGAGUGAAGCGGUGCUACGCGUGCCGACGAGUGGGACAUGACGCACGGGACUGCCGGACUCAACAACGCUGCGACACCUGCCAGCGGGCCGGCCACACCUCUACCACCUGCUGGUUUGCAUCCGCCCCAAGUUCAUCUCGGGCACCGGUGCAGCAGGCGCCAUCACGGGUGAGUCGUAUUAUGUUUACAACUAUCAGUACCUGUCAGGACAUCUAUAAACGACUAGUUUACAUUGGUGCGAUUGUUCUAUUGGCAUUCAUUGAUACUGGCAGUAAAUUGAAUAUACUUACAUCAAAGCGGGCCAAAAUGCUAGAUCUUAAUGUCGUUCCAUCGGAUAUAGUAAUGAGAGGAUUUGGGGGUGCUCAUAUAAAAUCGUUAGGCAGAACGCGCAUAGAUGUAUCAAUAGAUGAUAUUUGCUUAAGUGGAGAAGUUGAAAUUACUGAUUACGAUUUAUCAGAUAUAGAUCUAAUCAUAGGACAGUCUAUGAUCAAUCAACCUGGUAUUAGUCUAGUCACUACCACAAAUACUGUAGAGUUCGUACAAACUAAGGAGGUAGAAAACUGUCUUAUGAAUUGUAAACUAGAGGACAAUGAUUUCAACUCAAAGUAUUGUGUGUAUCUCAAGUGUGAUGUUAAAAUACCAGCUCAAAGCGCCUGUUACAUUAACGUAUUUGUAGAUAUUGAAAGUAAUGACAAUAGUUGUUGUUUUCUGACUAAUUCGAUAUAUGUUCAUAACGGUCAGAUGUGCUAUGCUAUACCCGGGCGAGUUAUCUGCAUCGAGGGAUAUUUGAAAUUCAUUAACUUAAGUGAUGAGGUCAUAUUUUUACCAGCCCAUAAAUUAGUGGCCCGAGCCGAGCUUGUUUCGCUGGUUCCUGAUAAUUUUCGCGACGUCAUGGCUGUUGAAUUACAUACAAAGUCCACACGUAACGUGCCAUUAUUAGAUCCUAACGAAAUUGACAUAGGUGAACUUUCAGGAGAAGAUAAUGAUAAAUUAUUGACCUUGCUUAGUAAAUAUAGUCAUAUGUUUGCCAAAGAUACGAAAGACUUAGGCUGCACAGAUCUAAUUAAGAUGCAAAUUCAGACAACGACUGACAAACCAGUUCAUUUUAAGCCAUACCGAUUGUCACUGAAAACGUGUACCAAAUAG